GCCAGCUCUUGAUAUCAAAAAGAGUCUUAAGUGAGACUUGUAAACCGUAGUGAAAAAGUUGUUGACAAGCCCCAAACAGUGUUUGAACUAGUCUAAGAGGAACUCAUUUCCCUUGCAGCAAGCGGCUUCACGUGUCCGCAAAAGAAGAAGAAGGGGGCAGGGAACUGUGAGAGAGGGAGAGAGAGAGUGAGCGCCACCGGGAAGGUGCAUACAGAAAGUUAAGUGUGAGCAUGUGUGUCUGUGGCCGAGUGGGCGUCCCUAUCAUGACCAUCUGACAAACUUUGGAUGAGCUGCGAUGAGCCAAACGACGCGCGGACUUCACACGCAUAUUAGACAAGGCUUGUGUCUCACCCUUUCCCACUGACGACUUUUUUUCUCUCCCUGUGCGCUGUGACUCUUCUUCCUUGUGAUCCGGGUGAGUGCUUCUCGCUUGCUCAUAAGUAUAAGCGCGAGGGUCGCCCUAAGUGCACCUUGAGUGUCUAGUGUAUACAGUCUUUGAAAGAGUCCGAGGGUUGUCUACUUCAAGUAACAGGUACCCAUCUUCAACACCCUCUUGUGGGAACUUCAUGCAAAUUGACGGGAUCCGCGCCGGGACGCACCAAGGUUCACGUCUGCCAACUGUCGAGACGGAUAGCUUCACUAAUGAGACUCUGCGCCUAGAGGCGUCUCUGGCUGUCUCACCGAGCUCGAUGCUAACAAAUAUCGUCGGCUCAUAAACAGAGACCCCUUUCUCUUUUCUCCGUUUCUAAAAGACUCCUUCAAGUUUUGUCUGUUUCCUUUUGGGCGUAGACGCUGAGUAGGAUCCCCAAAUGUCUCACAGCUUAGAGCUGAAAACUCCAACAACAAAGCCGUGGAUGCAAUUCUGAUCGUUGUGCUUGCUAAAGAAAAGGCGUCUCAUUUCGAGUGUAAAAUCCUUGCGAAUCAGCGUUUCGAAGCGCCUGAUCAGCAGACGAGAUGUAUUCCAACUUCUCCAUCAAAGAAAUCCUGUGGGCCGAGCAGCCGACCGGACUGAACUACGCCGGGGGUCUUGGUGGCUACCUUCAGUCUCCGAGCUACCCGUACGACACGAGUCCCCUGACUCAUGAGCAGCUGCAGUUGUCUAGCAACCCGGCCUGUCUCUAUGGCAGCGGCGCGCCCACGUACACAAACUUGUCCUACCCGGUCUCCUCCCAUUCGUCCAACCUGAUGACAGGUGGCGCCCCCAGCUCCCUGGAUGGGCUUCAUGGCAUGAAGGCUUCUGACUAUGACGUAAACGUCAUGUCGGGCAUGGGCAUGCCCAUGAAACAAGACUAUGAAGGUCAUGUGACGGACGCUAUGCAAAUGCCCGUGAAACAAGAAUACGAGAGUCAUGUGACAGAUUUAUCCAAUCAGGUGCCGAGAUUGCCCGUUCAGCCCUGCAUGGAGGAAGACAUGAGCGAUAAAGACAAACAAAACUGCCAGCAGCUAUCGCCGCUCCACCACGGCCCCCACAGACACCUGCAGCAGUCACCGCAUCCUCACCACUGCCACCAACAGCAGCAGCCUCACCACCACCACCAGCAGCAACAACAACAACACAGUUCAGGAGUUUCCUCCCAGCUGUCCCCCCUCCAUGGCUCCUCCCAACAAGCCUCACCCCACAAGGCGACAGGCCACCACCAGGGUGUCCCAUAUUCCAGUGCCCCCACAUUUCUGGAUGACCCUCAUCCUCCUCCCCCUCCCACUGCUAACUCCGGGGCUGGAAGCGAGAAGGAGAAAACGAAAACCUCAACUUCGUCUUCAUCCUCAAACUCCUCUUCUUCCUCCUCCUCCUCCUCGUCAUCUUCAUCAGCAAACUCAUCGACGACUGAGAGCUCGUCAAAUGGCGACUGUACCCUCCUGAAGCAGCGGCAGAAGAGAAAACCACGGGUUCUCUUCUCCCAGUCUCAAGUCUUUGAGCUGGAGCGAAGGUUCAAACAGCAGCGAUACCUGUCGGCGCCCGAGCGGGAACAGAUGGCCAACCUCCUCAAACUCUCCUCCACUCAGAUCAAGAUCUGGUUCCAGAACCGUCGCUACAAGUGCAAGCGUCAGAGCCAGGAUAAAUCCCUGGAGCUUCAGACCAUGCAGCCGCCUCGACGCGUGGCUGUGCCGGUCCUCGUUCGUGACGGGAAGCCUUGCAUGGGUCCGCCCCCCACGCCUUACUCCGCCCCCGGGCCCUACAACGUGAACCCGUUCGCUUACAGCACCGCCCCCGCCGCCAGCGCCUACUGCACCCAGGGCAACAUGGGCGGCCACAUGGCACAGACGGGCCAGCUCCCACAGCAGGGCUACAUGCAGCAGCAGAUACACCAAGCCAUCAGAACGUGGUAGGGGAACUUACAGCGGUGUCCAUGCACAAACGUCAUCAUCCCAUGAAUCCCAUGAAUUCAACCAUGUUUGAGGCUCUAAAAAACCCACAAGCCAUUUUCCAUCUACUAACUGAGACAUUGUUGACCAAACAGACGUCUAUUGUGUUUGUUCGUACAGUGGACAGAGUGAGACAAAUCCACAGACGAUGUGUUUCUGGUCACUUUGUUAGCAGAACUUUUGAGACAAGACAAACGAUACGUAGUUCUGACCAGGCCACAGAAUGAGUUUGUAAACUCAACAGGCAAUGCGUACCCGACAGAUGUUACAUUCUAAUCAGGGUAUCACUGGGUGACAUCGCGAAUUUUGAGAACUUCACUACAAAGUAAUAUGUCCAUUAAAUUGUCUGAAUUAACUCAUAGAAAACAACAUUAUUAUGAUGUAUGCAGGAGUCCAUCCGUUUGUCAGUACUGUUAACAUUUUAAAACAAAACAUAAAAGUGUUGUAGUUAUGACAUGGUCAUCAGACGCGCGUAGCUUUAGCAAACAUUGAUAUCUUUAAUUCCUUCUGUCCCAUGCGCCGAUGCAUCGUUGUCAUCAUUAAACACUUAUUGACCAUGCGCCGAUACUUCAUGGUACGAAGAGAGUUAAACUAUAAAAACAUCGUUGAUAUGACAAACGCUGCCAGCAAAUGCUGUACUCACCUUCCGUCUUCUCAGAGAUGAAGCCGAGCGCAGAUCUCCUUACGUGUGUAGUCAAUGAACAAUAACAUUGUAGGCCCGACUACUUGUUUUCCUGGAACACCAAUGUGGACAUUACAUACAGUGGGGCAUCCGCUCCUUAGUCAUACUAUUGUUCUAUCUCACCGUGAAGCGGAAGGGACCCCCCCCCCCCAAGCACCGAUCCCAAGGACAAGUUUCCUCGACGACUCAAGCGACUCAAGCGACGGUAUGAAGACAAGAUACUGGGCUGAUUUAAUUAGCCUCCAAACCCUCCUAGAAGGGAACAAUACCAUCAUUGACAAGACUUUGCUGACUUCCAAAUCUUCCCAGUUCGACACCAUACUAACAUUGACAAGAAUAUUGUGUGACCUGUCCUUCAAAACAUAAAGACAAAGCAAAAGACAACACGAUCCCGAUUGUGACUUUAUUACACUGACGGAUAUCAGAUAGCUCUGAACAGAAGCUGUCUUACUGACACUUCUCGGAGGAAGAAAAGAAAAGAAAACAAAACAAAGCGAAAAAGGGCACCGACAUCUGCAUCUACUCAUAUACAUGUAGAAUCAAUCGUGAUGCCACCAGAUUCUAGAUUGCCGUUCGCUUUCGGGAAAAACAGUCACGAAAGUGAAUGUACAAUCUUCAUCCGCAUUUAUUGGCAUCGUCUAUGCUGCAUCAUCGCUUGGGGUGUAGCGAUUAGGCGCUUCCACGUGGCACGCAGAAGACCUGAGUUCGAUUCCCGUACGGGGAGAAUUCUUAUCGAGUAUCUGGUUGGUCUUUCUUCCGGGACGAUGUAUCUCUCUCAACCCAGGUUUGACCAGACAGGCAGAUUCGAAGACCAAUAAUGAAGGGGUUAUUUCAAUAACGUGCCUAAGCCACACUUGGGUAGUUUUGAGAAAAAGGCCAAAAACUGUUUCUCGUAAAUAUAUUUUUUUAGCAUUGUAUGGGAAAGGCGAGCCAAAACAGGGGACAUAGCUCUGGAAAUCAAAGACACAAUCUUCAUAGAAGGCUCACAGGAUGCAGUCUGCUUUCUUUUAUCAUCCUAUGCAAAAAUCUCUAUUUUCGCAAAAUUGGACUUCGGUACGUUAUUGAAAUGACCUGUUAAGUUUUAAACUUACCCAAACUGAGUUGAUGGAGCAGAGGACCUUACUGUUUGAUGCAACUGUUAUUUCUUGCUACAAAGAAUACUGUAUCGCAAAAAAUAAAAUGAAAAUAAAUAAA